UCUAGAUGCUUAAAUUUUUAUAAUUUUUUUUUUUAUUUCAGUCAAAAUAUAUCACCAUCGGAUAAAAGUGAGAUCAGUCUUUUUAUACAUAUAACAGUUCGUGUUGUUAUUUCUUGCUUCAAUCAAUUUUCUACCACCAUUAGAACCACAUAUGAAGGCGAGAAAAAUGUAGAAAAGCUCAUUCUUAUAUGUUGGGAUCUGUUGGAAAAUCCCGAAAUUCCUAUGGACACGAAAAUCAACUGUGGAAUAUUGAUUACUAUGAAUGCCAAUCUGGAAAAGCGAUAUUUACGAUUAACAGAGCGUAUAUUCUUGGAAGAAAAUUCUACAAAAAAGCUAUGUUUGCUGAACGGUAUAAUUUGCACUAUCGAAACGGAGUUCUUUAACGAACCGGAUUUCCAAGGUUUCAAAAUAAUUUCACGUACGGCAAAUGUACUGAAAGAAAUCUCCGAAGAGAAUUCCAUAGAACCAACCAUCAUAUUAGGAGUAUCGAGAGGUUUUCUACAAAUGACGAAAAGGCUUCUGUCAUUGCAAAUAUUCGAAUACUUAAAACGGGAUCAUCGUGAGCUGAUUGAAGUGUUAGCUGUAAACUUAGGAUAUUCACUGUCUCAUCUAGAUCAUUAUAUGGAUAAUGUACGCCAUCUUUGUAAGGAACUCUUGAGGCUAACAAUCCAACUGGGUGUCAAAGUUAAUGACAAAUUGAACCACAUUAUAUACGAUUACAUAAGGAACAUAAGCAUCAAUAUAAACACGAAAUGCAUUUUGAUAGGCGCUAUUUGUUCUAUAGUGAAAUCAAAAGCCGUACUGCAAGCUGUACCCAAUGUCAUAGAUUUCCUUUUGAAAUCAUUAACAGCUAAUGAUCAUGCAAAUAUCAACUUGCACAUUAAUAAUUGUUACGAAACACUGAUGAUGUCGUACAGAUACGAAGACAACAAGCAGGAAUGGUUCAAUAAGUGGAUUAAUCCUAUAUUGAUUGAAAUCAGUAAUAACGAAAACAACACCGCCGUUAAGCAAAUACUCUUCGAUCUUAUUCGGAAGGCUAUCAAAUCAUAUCCCGAGAUCGCAAUAUGUAUGAUCGAGAGUAAAACUACAACCAAUUUCGGUCUUAUCCUAACAUCUCUGGGAAUAGCGAAAAAGACUGGUCUGUUCGACAAACUUCAUUCUAAUGAUACAAAGUGGAAAAAUCUCCUUCCGUAUACAGAAAUCAAGCUCGCUAUGAUAUCUGCAGACGACUCGACAAGAAUGUCUGCAUUGCAUCUAUUAACAGAAUGUCAUAAAAGCACAGAGCUUUUUACCAAAGAAGACCUCGAAUGCGUUUUGUUCUUUUUAGAGACCAACAUCAAUGUACAAGCACCUUCACUAAGACAAAAAAUUACGUGUUACAUGAAAAAUGCAUUGAACCGCCUUAAGUCAGGAUUUCUCAGCAUAAUCAAAAAGUCUGACAUCGACGGUAAGAGCCAUUACUACUACGAUUUCGUGAAAAGAUUGCAUCAUUUUUGCAUAGACAAUCUGUUUGUUGGUGCCAAUUAUAGUCGACGAACGAUAUCGUUUCAAGUGUUGAUACAGUUGCUGCAAAUAUCUAGUUAUAUAUUUUACGACGAUGAAAACUCAAACAUGUGGAAUGAGCAGCAGGUGCAUAGUCUUUUGAGGUCUUUGAAUGAUAGCUACGAGGCCAACAAAGUAUAUUGCAUGAAUGUGUUAUUGUACUGCCCAAAGGAUUAUUUUGGAAAUUUUAAUUAUCUAAUCAACUACGAUGUCGCAAAAGCCUUAAUGACUAGCAUAAAACCCAACGAUACAUUAUCUGCAGCGUAUUACCUUGAGUAUUUGUGCUUUGUUAACACGGACAUUCAGCCCCCAUCUGUUACUGAUGAACCCUUAUCAACUAUACAGCCCAAGGUACACUCGACUCUACUAUGGUGUGAAAAAAUUCUCCAGCAAAGUUUGGUCCUUGCCAAAGCAUCGCUGAUUCGCGCAGCUCGAGAAAAUCCUAUGUUUGGAUCGCUGGCUUGUAUACGACAUCUACUGAGCAAACUCGACUUUAAGGAAAUUUCCAAAUGUUACUACUGGGCCAAGUUUAUCACAAAACUUGUCAUGACCUGCCGAGAACUGACCCAAGUAGUUUCAAUUGUAGUCAACAAUGCAUCUCCUGAAGGACAUUUGCCAAACGAUUUCAGUACAAUUGAAAAUUAUGGUUUCGAAGAAGACGUAGAAAUGCAAUCGAUAGGAACGUCCAGUGAUUUGGAAAUAACAGAUGAAAGUGAUGUUUUCUUAAAAACCACCCCUCAGAUGGUACUACUAAGUGCAUGGCGCACAAUAAAAGAAGUAUCUUUGAUAAUUGGAGACGUUGUCUUCAGAAGCCCAAUAAUCAAAAACCAACAUUUCAUAGUCUCUGAAACUGCGGAUGAUCACACUAAUUUUUUGACCUGUGAUCGAAUUAUAGAGAUUGGCUCCCACUUUACACAACUUUUAUCGGAAACCAAGCACCGCGGAGCUUUUGAGCAAGCAUAUGUUGGUUUCUCUAAACUAUGCAUUCGUCUUUGGGGUUCACAGCUCGCCGAAUUACAUCAAUUGCCCAUGAAGUGGCUACAUGAAAUGAUCAAUGUGAUUAAUAGCGAUGGUUCAAAUGAAAAUGGUGAUACUAACCUUAAUCCAAACAAAAUAUGUUCAACCAGACGGAGUGCUGGCAUUCCAUACAUGAUGCAAGCGCUUAUAACCUCUGAACUUCAAGUAAGCUCAUCAAAAGGACUACAAUUUACAGUGAGGAAACUUAUCGAGCUAUGUAGAACUGGGCAUACUGCUCCAACACGAACACAUUCUUUAAAUAUAUUGCGCGCACUGUUUCGAUCGACGGAUCUUGGUGAAGCUAUAGGAGAAUUUGUUUCGGAUGGAAUCGAAUGUGCCAUCAAUGGCUACGAUGCGGAAUGUUGGUCGGAACGUAACUCGUCGACACUUUUAUUAUCUUCGUUGAUGAUUCGAGUAUUUGGAGUACAGCGUACUAAAGAUUCAGAAAACUUGAACAUUCGGAAUAAGAUGACGGGGCGCAUAUUUUUCUUAAGAUAUCCUCUAUUGUACGAUUUUUUCAUAAUGGAACUCGAAAAGGCAAGUCAAAUUAUUAUGAAAGGUGCUAGAAGCAAGAAGCUACAUCCUUUGUUGCUACUAUUGAGUAGACUAUACCCAUCAGCACUUGAAGGAAGUGAAUCAAAUUUAAAGUUAUCUCGGUUUGUACCAAUAGUAUCGAUUUGUUCGGGAUGUGCAGAACUCCAGACGCGAUAUUUAGCGGCGAAAUUUAUCGCGAUUAUUGUUUCACCGGACCUGGUAUUUGAUCGAAUAUUUCUACUACUGGAAAGCUUGAACCGUUCGAAUAACAAAGGAAUCAACCCAAAUUCUUUACAUGGUGCUCUACUACAAAUACUUUACCUGGUAAAAACUAGAACACUGGGCGUUAUGCCCGAGUCAAGUAAUCAACUGAACAACUGGAUUGAGCUUUAUACCGCUAUUUCAAACUACUUGUUUGAGGUAAAGCCCAACUUUAUUCUUUAUGGCGCCAUCAUAGAUAUCCUGAUAGAAAUUUUAGCAAGAUGUCAAAACGUUAUAUUCGACGAGGAUGACCAGUUUUUGGAUGAUCUCAGCAACAUUGUCGACUACUUAUUCAACCUUUCAAAGCAGAAAAGCUUUUAUGGUACCGAGCUUAUAAUGAGAAAGCUCGUUCUCAUCAAGGUAGUUAUGUACAUGCAUAAUGAUGACGAAAAUAUUCUUAGCGGUUGCUUCCUCUGCGAUAUUGAUCCGGACAAAUAUAAAUACGACUACCUGGAAGCAGUUAUGAACAUUAUUCUACUGAUGUUGGACUUCCAAGAGCUUUCGUCAAAUGCUGAACAGUAUGAUCUCGAUAGAAUGGAAAUAUUUUAUAUUCGUCACCUCAGCAACUACAAGCGCACGAAACUCAAAGCGCUUCAGAAUGAAUUUUUGAAAUCCUUGAAGUUUCAUCAUUUCCUAAAAAUGAUCAUUGAGAAAAACUUACACUAUAACUGCACGGUAAAAGCGUUCACAAUCUUGAGCUACAGCAUUGUUGGAGUUCAGGCACUAGUGCCAUCACUAGUGAUGUCUAGCAGUUGCAGAGAUACCUUGAAAUUCAUAUUCGAUUUGGCAAAACAUAAACCUAAUCAAUUGAAAGCAAGUAUUUAUAAAUGUAUUAAAUGUAUAUAUAGUGCCGAAAUGAAAAAUACCGAAAGUACACUUGAUGUUAAUCUUUUACCGAAAAUGGCUUCUGCAAUGCAAUGUGAAGGCGUAAGGUCAACUACUAUACAAAUACUGAAAAUUACAUCUAGGUUAUUUAUUGAAUCAAAAUCUUUAGAAUUGCGUAUGAACUACAGCAAAGCUUUAUUGACACUUUUAAGAGAUGAUGAUUCAGACAUUAGAGAAGGUGCAGCUACCAUUGUAACAAACGUAUUCAACAUUGCGGAGGGAUCCAAAAUGCAACACGUUGUUUCUUCAUAUGCUCAAAAGCUUUUCCUUCAUACCCUGUCGAAGACGAUGCUUGCCAAACGUUUUUCAACACAUCAGGUUAUUGCUGUGCUAUUGGUUCUCAUGUCAUGUAAUCAAGAUGAAAACGAUGAUGAAUGUUCGAGCGGAGAAUCCGAGCUUAAAGUGUUCGAUAAAAAUGAAGUUAACAUUUAUGGUGAGUCACUUCUUUUGCGAGAGUUCUGCAUCGUAGAAAUACAGACCUUGAUUGCUGAUCAUAAAGUACAUAUCGAAGUGAAUGCGGAUAAAAUUAUCAAAAUUGCAGAAAAGUUAACCUCUGUGAAAAGUUCAUUCAAAAAAUGUCUGAAUGAUGUUCAUGAAUCUACCAAACUGGUAAAUAUAAUUGGUGGUGAACAACAUAUUUAUUUUAAAUAAAUCGUUAAAUAUUUAUGAUUGUAUCGGGUCAAACCCAAGUGAUUUUA